UAUAUAUAUAUAUAUAUAUAUCUCCAACUUCUUAUUAUGAAGAAGAUGAAUAUUGACAAUCGAGAAAAAUUAAUUCUCUAUUAAAAUCUUGUGUUCAUUUAUCAAAAGAAUUGAUAUCUGAUAGUAUAUUGUUGACAAUGUUAUACAUAUAGUUAUAUAUUUUUACUACGCUUUAAGGUAAAAAUUCUAUUCCAUUAUAGGGCGAAAUUAAAAAAAAAGAUGAUUUUUAUUAGCAUCGAUUUUACUUCGAAAAGAUUUCACAGAUAAGUUGUUCAAGCAGAAAGUUAAUUUUCCUUCAACUAGUGUAAAAUUCAAUAAGAUAAAAUGCAAUUUCAAUUCAAUUUUAUAUAUAUAUGAAAUUUCAUUUUAAAUUGAUAGCGAAUUUCACUCCAAAAAUUACUGUGAAAUUACACUUUUGUUUAAAGCAAUGUCAUUUCUUAUAUAUUUAAAAUUUAGAGUUUAAUUAAUGUUGUUAAAUACAAAAGGAAUUUUAAACUAUGCACUGUAAAAAAAACGGGAGGGAUAGAUUUCAACUCUCAAUAUAGAAUUCUUUAAAAUUCACACCUUUUUGGAGUUAAUGCUAAGGAAUUUAAUCUAAUAUUCACUCACUUCUGGAGUAGAUUUGUAACCCCAAAAAUUUUACUAUCAACUCCGGCUGCCAUUAACUCUCCAAAAAAAUUUUAUAUAGUAAGUAAUUGUCACCAAUAAACGUAAAAAAAUGGAGUUAAAAUUUAACUCCUAACAAUAUAUUUUAAAACUCCUACCCUUUUGGAGUUGAAGCAAAAGUGAGUUGAUGAUUAAAGAAUUAAUUUUAAUCUAAUAUAUAUGAUUAACUCAUUUUUAAAGUUGUUUUUUAACUCCCAAAAAUUUUACUAACCAACUCGAGCUGACAUUAAGUGCCCAAAUAUUUUACAGCGUACUACAUUUGCUUAAACUCCAAAAGAAUGGGAAUUUUAUAUAAAAUUUCGUAAGGAGUUACAUUUUAAUUCCAUUUUUUGAAGCAUAAUUAAAUGCUGUGUAAAAUUUUUUGAGUUAAACAACUCCAAAAGUUAGUUAACAUUAGAUUAACUACCUUAUACUGUAAAAAAAGGGAGUUACAUUUUAACUCCCAACGGGACUUUAUAAAAGUCUCACCCUUUUGGAGUUGAAGUAAAGGUAGUUAAUUUCAUUAAUUCCUCAAUUUUUUUACUGUAGCAUCAACUUGAAAAAGUCAAGAACAUUAUAAACUAGAAUUUUUGGAGUCGAAAAUCAACUCCAAAAGUGAGUUAACAUUAGAUUAACUCUCUUAGCAUUAACUCCCUAGGCAUAAAAUUAACUCCCAUAUAGUAACAACUCCCUUUGCUUUAACUUCAAAAAUGUGGGACUUUUAUGUAGAGUCCCGUUGGGAGUUAUAAUCUAACCCCCAUUUUUUACAGUUUAUAACACCACUGGAGUACAUUUUCAAUCCAAUUUGGAGUGGAAUUUAUUGAGCUAAUAAAGAUCCAAAUAUUCGACUUUUCCUAACACCACACUAAGAGAAAAGAUUAUGGUAGGGGUUACCUUUUUUGACCAUUUUUAGUUAGUAAACUAUACUGUUGCUAAUUUAUUAGUUGUGGUUACUAUUUUUAUUGGUUAGCAUAACUAUUUCAUUAGUUGGUUUAACUAAUUAAUUUGUUCAUGGAGAAAAAUGCGGCAAAACGAAUAAAAGUAACUUUUACUAUAAUUUAAAAGUAAAACCGGAACUGUCCGGAGUUUUUGCGCAUUUCUGGCAAUUUUUAUUCCAGAAAUAGUAAAAUUUACUAUUUCCGGAAUAAUUUUUACUAUUUUAGGAGUACAUUUUACUAUUUUAGAAGUAAAUUUUACUAUUUUCGGAGUAAACUUUACUAUUUAUGGAGUAAAAAUUUCCAGAAAUGCGCAGAAACUGCGAACAAUUCCAGUUUUACUUUUAAAGUAGUAAAAUUUACUUUAUUCGUUUUUCAUUUUUCUCCGUGUUGGAAUAAUUAUUUAAUUAGUUACCUUACUAACGAAGUGGUUAGGCUGACCAAUUAAAUGGUAACAGUAACUAAUAUAAAUUAGCAAAAAUGCUCUUACUAACGAAAAGGUAAUUGCAACCAAUCGUUUCUCUCAGUGCACUGAUAAAAAAAACCAAUUUUUUAAAACAACUAUAUUGCUAUUCUGGAAAUGAAUCAAUUAUAACGUGCGUCUAAUGACGAAACAAUUGCAUGAAAGGAGUGAAUAAUCGAACAGUUAGCCACGUUUGUGGCAUGUGUGCAUUUAAGGUCAGGAUGUUGAAAGGGCGAUAAUCCUCUCGCUUGAUAGAACAUCCGUGAGCUUUUCCUAGUUGGUAUUGGGAAGAACUUUGAGGUGGUGCGAGAGAAUAACUUUCCACCUGUUGAAUACGUCACAUCGGCGUCCGCCAUGUCAAGAAAAGAGCCAAUCGUGGGUGUGCAUUAGUGAUGGUAUGUAGUGGGAGUAGAAGAGCUUGUCUGGUUGGCUCACUCGAGCUUCCCUCAUCUCUCCCUCGGGAUCCCGUUUAGAACCCCCGUAAAUGUUUCCGCAGAAUCUCUUCACUUCACCCUGACAACGUCCCUGUGACAUCCUACGCGAUUUCACUCGUAUCUAAAAAUAAUUUUCGUUAACAAACAAAUUUCUUUCUCUCUCUCUCUCUCAAAAAAGAAAAAUUCAAUUGUUCGUGCUGUCUUUAUACAAGUAAAAGUUUUCCUUGGGAUUUCACUUUCUUACAACUAAAGAAGUCAAAGACACCUUUUCGCUGGAAAUCAAGAUUUACCAAAUUCGAAGAUAAUCCUCGUUCUAACGUCAUGACAUUGAAUUGCAAAUACCAUGGAAUCAAAAAAGUUGGACCAGCGUUGAUAGAUGGUUUUUUCGCGGAAUAAAGGGUACAAUAUACGGUAAAUGAACAAAUCGAACAAGUGACUAUAUAUUCAACAUCAUUUGAAAAUAGUGUUAUAGACAUUUCAGUGAAGUCAAAAACAGAUUUAAUAAAUUUGGUGGAUUUUUUUUUUUGGCGAAGAAACUGUUUGUGCCGAAUGAGAAAUCAUUUAAAAAACAAUCAUAAUGAAAUAUUUGAUUCUAAAUAAUAGUGAUUAAAGUGAAGAAAAACAUUAAUAAGAAGGGUGCUGCAAAUUACUGCAAAUUGAGAAAAAUUUUUAAUAACGACAUGUCAGCAAAAUCUCUUCACAACGAACAUAUUAAAAGGCCAAUGAAUGCCUUUAUGGUUUGGUCUCGAGGACAACGUCGAAAAAUGGCACAGGAGAAUCCAAAAAUGCAUAAUUCCGAAAUUUCCAAGAGGUUAGGUGCUGAAUGGAAGCUCCUCAGUGAAAGUGAGAAACGACCCUUUAUCGAUGAGGCUAAAAGGUUACGGGCACUACACAUGAAGGAGCACCCAGAUUACAAAUACCGUCCACGUCGAAAGCCAAAAUCACUCGUAAAGAAAGAGAAUAAAUUUGGCUUUUCUCUUUCACCUUUGACAAUGUCACCAACCGAUUCUCUCAGUUCUAUUUCACGAGGUUUGAUACCACCUCUAGCAUCACCAAUGAAUCAUUCUCUAAUUGCUCACGAUGAUCUCAAAAUUCCCCGUUUUUUCCCCCAUUUUCCCUAUCCUCUCUAUCCAAUUCAACAUAAAUUGGGCGAAGAUUUCAGCGGUGGUAAACUCGCAGCAGAUUUAGCCUUCCAAGCAAUUUAUGGAUCAGGAGGUACUUUUUAUUCCGGACAUCAAUCUGUUUCAUGGCCAGGUCUCACAACUCCUACAUGUCUUCAACCAAAUUGUGGAUGUCCAAGUCCAUCCAAAGAACCAAAAAGAACAUCAUCAUUCAUACCCGAGAAACUUGAGGAUAAACCAUCUUUUCCAAGUCCCGUAAAGCCAGACGAGGAUCGUUUUAGUUUGGACAAUAGGGACAGUGUCAGAGAGGAUGGUUGCUAUAGAAAAAUUGAGGAUAAUUUCACAUCAUCAUCAGAUAAACCAGAAGAGGACAAAUCCCAGGAUCGUUAUUCAUCAUCAUCGCCACUAGUUGCCGAGAGAUUUGAGAAAUUUCGAAAUAUAUCCACCGUACUCAGUUCCCUACCAUCAACAACAAAAACCGAGAGUAGUGUUUUCUCUGUUCAAAGUCUCACGGGUAAUACAUCAACGAGGGGUCACGUUAUAUGAAGACCGCUUCCGGUUCUUCCGGAUCUCAAUUUUCGGGGGAACCUCAUUACUAAUUGGACAACACCUGAUUGGUGGAGGGUGCCUCCAAUUUUAUCACCCAUUUCCCAAGCAUCUUGUACUGCAACUGAUCUCUCCACAACGACGACAACUAUAACUAACGGAAUGUCGUCCAGACGAGACGAUGAUGAUGCUUCAAGACUAUUGAAUAAUUCCAGAACUCCGAGGACUUCUUCUGUUGCCAGUGUUCAAUGAAUUUCUCAUUUAUAACAACUAUAUCAGAUUGACUUUUAAUUUUUGACAGACUUCUAAAAUUAUUUAUCAACUAAAUUCACGAUGAUCAGCGAUAGGAGGAGAUUCUCUUGAAUUAACAAAUCAAUCUCUAGUCCGAAUUGUCCAAAUACCAAAAAGAAGAAAUAAAAAGAAAUUCCAAUCAAGUCUAAAUUAGAAAAAAAAUACAUUAUCAACAACCACAAAACUAAAUCGAUUAUACGAUAAUACUGAACAAAAUCAUGAAAACAAAAAAUAAAGCCUAAAAAAAAACACAAAGACAUAUACUGGUGAAAAAGCCACUAAAUCUGCAAAAGGAAAAAAAUUAAUAUAAAAAAAAAAUCCUUUGAAAUAAAUCAAAACGAAAAUGUAAUAUUUCAUCAUGUUUGUAUAUAAAAUGGCAAAAUAAAAAUUCAUUUGAAUCCUAUAUACAUAUAUGAGAGUUUUAGAAUUGCGAAAGGAAGAAAUGCAUUUUGUGAAAACUAAAAUGCGCUUAUGUCCCAAAAAGGGUAUAUAGCUUUGAUAAGUUGUUACACAGAGCGAGAUGCAUGUCCGCGAAAAUCGAAUCGAUAUCUCACCACAACCAAAUCCUACAAAGAGAUCUCUCCCCCUCUACAAUGACAUGAUACGCGAAGGUUAGAAGAGUCCAAUUUUGAUGAGAAAAUCGACCCAACCCUCUCGUCACAUAUUACAGCAUGCGACCGGCCGAAAUGCUAUCCCUACUAUGGAAAAAAAAAUCUCAUCCAACGGAAGCAAAUCUCUUCUUUGGUAAGCAGUCAUGCGAAAUAAGCCAAACAUUCUGAAUACUAACGUAGAUACGACGGAUUCAGUCUAUACAUUUAUGUACCAUUUUGUUAUCCAGGCGUUUUAAUGCAACGUGAGAUAUACUAUUUCUACAUCUGUAUAUAGCUAUAUUUGAAACUUGUUAAAAUUUACAUUUAAAUUCAACAAUCUCUUUAUACAAUUAUUGUAUAAUGAAGAAGAAAUUAUUAAUGAACAAAAAAAAAAUCGAAACAAAUUUAAAUGAUUUCUAUUGUA